GGCGGGCCAAUCAGGCGGGCCGGGUGGGCGGCGCAGCCAAUGAGCACGCUCUGGCCCUUUCGGCAGCCGGGGAGUCCGGGCCUGCGGCAGGGAGAAGCCGGGCGCGGAGCCGGGGCGUCGAGUGAGCGCGCAGGCCGGGCGAGGCGCCUGGCGGGCCGGCCCCGCCACCCGCCAUGUCGCGGUGGUUCUUCCCCUGGUCGAGCUCCAUCAAGAAGCGCGCCUGCCGCUACCUGCUGCAGCACUACCUGGGCCACUUCCUGGAGGAGCGCCUCGGCCUCGAGCAGCUCAGCCUCGACCUCUACGCCGGCGCCGGCCGCCUCAGCCGCAUCCACCUCGACGUCUGGUCUGUCAAUGAGUUCCUGGAGUCUGUCGGGGCCCCCCUGGAAAUCGUCGAUGGCUUCAUCGACAGCAUCGCCGUCGCGAUCCCCUGGUCUGCCUUGGACACCGAGAACUGCACGGUGGAAGUCAGCGGCCUGCAGAUUACGUGCCGGCCCAAGGAUCGGAGUGCUGCCCCCGGCUCCGAGUCGCAGAGCUGGGCGUCCUGCAUGACCACCAGCAUGCAGCUGGCCCAGGAGUGCCUGAAGGAGCCGGCUGAGGAGCCCUGCGACGCCCCCCAGCCCUUCGAGGGGCUCGAGAUGUUUGCCCAGACCAUUGAGACCGUCUUGCGAAGGAUCGAAGUGACGUUCCUGGACACGGUGGUCCGCCUCGAGCAGCUGUCCCGCGAGGGGCAGAGCCACGUGGCCCUGGAGGUGCACGUCCAAAGGCUGGACUACUGCGAUGAAGCGGUGAAGGAGCCCGGGCAGGCCCUUCCCGUCAACGUCCACCAGCCACCGGCCUUCGUGCACAAGAUCCUGCAGCUGAGCGGCAUCUUGCUGUACUACGAGGAGUUCACGGACAGAGGGGACGGUGUCCGGGCGCCCUCCCCCGGCCCCCAGGAGGCAGCUCCGGCUUCCGAGCCCCAGCAGCGGAGGGAGGGGAGGCAGGGGGAGGCAGCUUCUCCCAGCUCCCUGCUCCAGAUCGGCAGCUGCUCCGGAUACACCGAGAUGCGGAUCAAGCUCAAGCAAAACGAGGCCUUCCCGGGACCCAAGCUGGAGCUGGACGGGAAGAUGGGCUCCCUGCAUCUCCUGCUCUCCCCGCGGCAGAUCCUGCACUUGCUGGACCUUCUGUCUUCUCUGAGCCUCGCGGACUCUGGCGCCCAGCAGCAGCCGCCCCAGCGGAGCAAGAGCCGCCCCCUCGACGCCGAGGACCUGAAGCUGAUCGAGCAGGACCUCAGUCAGCAGCUGCAUUCGGGGCUGUGGUCUGCCCCCUCCUCGCGCCUGGAGGGCAUGGAGCCCCCCGCUGGGCUGGAGAAUGGAGAGCUGUUCUUCUCCAUGGCCCCCAUGACCAGCAGCCUGGCCUCCUCCGUGCGCUCUGCAGCGCUGUCGGACGUCGAGCUGGACUCCUCCACCCCGGGCGACCUGGGCGCCAGCCCCCUGCAGGCUCCGACCUUCACGCCGGGGCUGGUUCUGAGCAGUCCCAGGCGCUACGGACGGUCACCCUUUGCUGCCACCCUGCCCUGCCUCGGCAAGAUCCCAGGCAAGGCGGCACACCCGGCUCCGCCCUCCCUGGAGAGCCAGCGGCCGGAGGCCUUGCUGCGGGUGACGCUGGGGGGCCUGACGGUGACGCUGCUGCAGCAGCAGCAGGAGGAGGAGGAGGGGCCCCGGCUGCGCCCUCCCCAGCGGGCCCCACACUUUUUCGCCCAGCUCGGGGGCCUGAAGGACGCUGCCUUUGGGGGCCCGGACUUCCGGCCCCUGCACCAGUGCUUGGAGGGGGCCUGUCCUUGCAGCCACGUCAGGCUGACGGGGGCUGCCGUGCAGAUCAGCUGCGAGCACAGAGCUGCCCGCCACGCCCAGAUGCUCAGCUGGGAGGCCUCCUUUGGGCGGCUGGAGCUCCUGGAGUGCCUCUGGCCAGAGGGGCCCCCGCAAGCCAGGCCCGUCUACACCAAGCUGCUGGCCUUUGCCAGCCCCAGUGCCUUCCCCUCCGGCCAGACCUUGCGGCCUUGUGCCCGUCUCCGCUCCAAGCACUCGGAAAAGCUGCCUUCCUCCAAGAGCCGCCUUGCCAGGGCCGCUGCCAAGCGCACGGUGGAGCUGGUGGCCGAGCUGACGGACUUCUGCUCGGAGGUGGACCUGGGCACCCUGGAGCGGCUCUGCUCCUUGCUGCCUCCCGCCCCCCCCUGCUAAGGAGGCCCCCUUGAUUCCCCCCCGGCUGCCGCAGCCGAGUGGCAAGUGAGUGCCCAGCUGGCCGCCCCCCAGGCCACCCUGCGGCUGCAGUUCCCCAUCCCGGACCUGCGGCCCUGGCCCGAGAGGCCCUGGCCCUGGGCGGAGAAGGCCGUGCGCAAGGAGAGCCUCUCGCUGGGGCUGGCCCACCUCCAGCUGCGGGCCCAGCUGGGGGCUCCACCCAGCUCCACCCGGCUGGAGGCCGCCUUCAGCGACCUGCACGGAGUGUAUGAAGAUGGCGAGAAGGCCUCGGUGCCCUGCUUCCGGGUGGGCAAAGCCCCCGACCUGCAGGCCCAAGGGACGGGGGCCAAGUACCUCCUCCCCAGGAUUGCCCUGACGGUCCAGCCGCGGGCCAGCGACCUGCAGCGGGACUUGGCCCGGGGGCCGCUGGAGGAGAUGGAGCUCUCCUCGGCGGCAGAGAGCCCCUGCGAGCUGAAGCAGCGGGAGCCCUCGCCCUUCUCCUCCAAGCGGACGAUGUACGAGACCGAGGAGAUGGUGAUCCCCGGAGACCCCGAGGAGAUGGCGGAGUUCCAGGCCCAGACGCUGGCGGCCUCCCAGUACGCCCUGGAGGUGGCCUUCCCCACCGCCCACCUCUUCCUCCCCAGCAAGGCGUUCUACGAGAGCCUCUACAACAGGAUCAACAACGACCUCCUGAUGUGGGAGCCCUCCAGCCCCCCUCCCACCCCCUCUGCGCCCCUGGGGGGCGCCUUUGCCUCCCCUCGUUGGCAGGAGAACUUCAGGAUGUGCAAGUCGGCCUUUAAACUGGAUUCGGACUCCGAGGACGAGGACUCCCACUUCUACUCGGCGGAAGAGGCGACCGCGCGGCGGGAGGAGGAGGAGGAGAGGCGCCUCCCCCCGCAGAGCUGCAUCUCCCUCCUGCUGCGGGUGGGGAAGGGGCGGGUCACUGCCCUGUGCGAUGCCAAGGGCGAGAGCGGCAAGCGUCUGGUGGGCUCCCACGGGGAGCUGGUGCUGGACGUGGAGGGCGGCAGCCUCUUCAGCGUCUCGCAGUACAAGGGCCGCGAGGACCUCGGCUACUUCUGCAUCGAGGCCGAGAAGGUGGCGCUGUAUCACAAAGCUGUGGUGGAGGACUACUUCGUGGCCGAGCACCUGGAGGUCCCCAGCUUCCUGCCCCCCGAGGGCCUCCACCCCACCAUCUACGCCUCCCGGGAGGGCCCUGUCGCUUGGCCCGCGGGUGCCCGGAAGGACGGGCCCCAGAAGAUGCUCUCCCUGGCCAUCCAGAUCGACCUGGACUCGGAGAAGAACGUCAAGGAGUUCCUGGUGACGCUGCGCCUCGAGGGCGCCACCCUCCGCCACCACAUGGCCCUGGCGAAUCAGAGCUGGUACACGCAGCUGAUGGACUUCCUGGACGUCCUGGACGACCCCAUCCUGGGCUUUGAGCCCCCCACCGCCAUCACCGUGCUGCACACCCACCUCUUCAGCUGCGCAGUGGACUACAGGCCCCUCUACCUGCCCAUCCGGGUCCUGGUCACAGCAGAGUCCUUCACGCUCUCCAGCAACAUCAUCGUGGACACCUCCGUCUUCCUCCUCCGGUUCAUCUUGGACGACUCGGCCGUCUACCUGUCCAACAAGUGCGACUCGGAGACGGGCAGCCUGAGGAAAGACUAUGUCUGUGUCGUGGACGUGGACCUGCUGGAGCUGGUGAUCACCACGUGGAAGGGAGCCACGGCGGGCAAGCUGACCCGGCCGCUCUUCGAGCUGCGCUGCUCCAACAACGUGGUCCACGUGCACACCUGCGCGGACUCCUGCGCCGCCCUGGCCAACCUCCUCCAGUACGUGGUCAACCACGGCGACCUGCACCCCCCGCCCCAGCACGGCAGCCCCACGGAGAUCGCGGGCCAGAAGGUGCAGCUGUCGGAGAGCCCGGCCUCCCUGCCCCCCUGCCCCCCGGCCGAAACGGCGGCCAUCAACCAGGGGGACCUGACGGACGCCCUCAUCGACACGGAGCGGAGCCUGCAGGAUGCGGCUGGCGAGACGGGCGACUCCGGCCUCCGGCGGCAGGCCUCCCCGGUCUCGGUCUACCUCUUCCCAGGGGAGAAGGGGAGGGCCCCAGUCCCCGCUCCGGCCCCCGCGGCGGAGGGGCUGGACCUCAGCCCUUCGGAGGAGAGCGAGGGCGAGAGCGAGGCCACCGACACGGACGACUUCUGCAUCCUCGACGCGCCCGGCACGGGCAUCCCGCCCCGGGAUGGCGAGCCGGUGGUGACGAAGCUCGGGGAGGGCCCCGUCUGCAUCCAGGAGGGCCACUUCUCCCGGCCGCUGGGCAGCACGGACCUGCUGAAGGCCCCCUCGCGCUUCCCCAUGCCGGAGAGCCGCGUCAUGCUGCGCGAGGUCUCUGUGGUCUGGCACCUCUACGGCGGCAGAGACUUUGGCCCCGGCCCCUCGGCCUCCGGGCAGGCCCACUCGCCCCGGGCGAAGCCGCCUCCUCCCAGUGCCCGGGCGUCCCCCUCCCGCUCCUCCCUCUCCAACCGGCCCCAGAACAGCUGGCGGGCCCAGGGGGGCUCCAGCCGCAUCCAUGAGCUGCUGAUGGAAAUCCAGCUGACCAAGGUGAGCUUCCAGCACGAGACCUACCCCAGUGGCGGCAGCAGCAGCACGUCCGAGAAGCCGGCCCUGGAGGGCGGGGAGCAGCCCCUGGCCAGGCAGGUCUUCAUCGUCCAGGAGCUGGAGAUCCGGGACCGCCUGGCCUCCUCCCAGAUCAACAAGUUCCUCUACCUGUACAGCAGCGAGCACAUGCCCCGGCGGGCCCACUCCAGCAUGCUCACCAUCAAGGCCCUGCACGUCUGCCCCGAGGCGGGCCUGGGGGGCCCCGAGUGCUGCCUUCGCGUCUCGCUGAUGCCGCUGCGGCUCAACAUCGAUCAGGACGCCUUGUUCUUCCUGAAGGACUUCUUCACCAGCCUGGCUGCCGGCAUUAACCCCGUAGUAGCCAUGGAGGCGGGCUCCGAAGCGGGCCACCCAGAUUCCCAGGGGAAGGAGCCCGAGGCGGCCGAGGGCGAGAUGGCGGCUUCCAUGGAGACCACCUUCAGCGAGAGCAGCUCCCUCUCCAGCGCCUCUUCUUCCUCCACUGACCAGCCCAUCUACUUCCGGGAGUUCCGCUUUACCUCUGAGGUGCCCAUCUGGCUGGACUACCACGGCAAGCACGUGACCGUGGACCAGGUGGGCACCUUUGCCGGCAUCCUGAUCGGCCUGGCCCAGCUGAACUGCUCCGAACUCAAGCUCAAGAGGCUCUGCUGCCGCCACGGGCUGCUGGGGGUGGAGAAGGUGGUGAGCUACGCCCUGACCGAGUGGCUGACGGACAUCCGCAAGAACCAGCUGCCGGGCCUCUUGGGGGGCGUGGGGCCCAUGCACUCGGUCGUGCAGCUCUUCCACGGCUUGCGGGACCUCUUCUGGCUGCCCAUCGAGCAGUACCGGAAGGACGGGCGCAUCAUCCGCGGCCUGCAGCGUGGCGCGGCCUCCUUCGGCACCUCGACGGCCUCGGCUGCCCUGGAGCUCAGCAACCGCCUGGUGCAGGCCAUCCAGGCCACGGCGGAGACGGUCUACGACAUCCUGUCCCCCACGGCUCCUCCCAUGACGCGGACCCUCCUGGACAGGAAACACACCCACCGGCAGAGGCGUGGCCAGCAGCCAGCGGACCUGCGGGAGGGCGUGGCCAAGGCUUACGACACGGUGCGCGAGGGCGUCAUCGACACGGCGCAGACCAUCUGUGACGUGGCAGCCCGCGGCCACGAACAGAAAGGCAUCCCGGGGGCUGUGGGCGGGGUCCUGCGCCAGAUCCCCCCCACGGUGGUCAAGCCCCUGAUCGUGGCCUCGGAAGCCACCUCCAAUCUCCUGGGCGGGAUGCGCAACCAGAUCAAGCCCGACGCCCGCAAGGAAGAGUCCCUGAAGUGGCGCUCGGAAGACGCCCAGGAGUGACGGGGGGGGGCGCAGCCACUAGGCUCCCUGGACCCUGAGCCGCCAGCCGAGGGCCUGCUCACCCAGCCAGCCUCCCCUGGGCUCUGCCCUUCCACGGGAAGAACUUUCUUCUGGGGGGGCGGCUGGAGAGAAGAGCUUCUGCUUAGAGCUCCCCCCCGCCCCAGGCUUGAUCUUGAUCCCAGGACAGGCAAGCUUGGCGUGGGUGGAGGGGGGGGGGGCCGCCUGGGCUCCGCCUCUGCUCACCUCACCCGUAUUUUUGUACUUCCCCAGAGUAAUGUCUGCUCUCUCUCUCUCUCUCUCUCUUUGGUGCAUGAUCUGCCGCUGCUGCUGCUCCCUCCACACCGCCCCCAGGAAAGCAGCAAGAGCGGGAUGGGGUGGGGUGGGGUCUGAAUAUUAAAGGACAUGUUUUCA